AUGUUCGCAGGCUCGGCUUGUGUGCGAGGAAACAUGAGCAGGGUGACAUAUUCAGAGUCCCGGGCGGAGUGGCGCAGGUCGCCGGAUAAAGCUGCAGAAGAGCCGGAGCUGCGCGAGUUUGGGCAUAAGAUCUCCAGCGGGGAACAUGAGAGUGGGGAAUGGGCUAGAGGCAACGGGAUUACUGUUCUACACCGCGGACUGAUUCAGGAGCAGCCCGGGACAGGAGAGACAAUUGCGCACUGUGACGCAUCCGAAGGGAUAUUUUCAUUUUUGCGCAAUUCGAGGACUAUCUGGCCAAAGAUGAACGCCAUUGUGUUCAACAAGCUGAGUGGCCAGGUUCUGUUUGAGGAUAAGGCCAACGAGGUGGAGAUGAGCAGCAGAAAUUACUUGGAAGUCAUGGACGGACAACAUCCGGAUCUCCUCUCCAGCAACCAGGCUCUUAUGGACAACCAAGCCAUCAGACACAGACGGAACGGGGGUCGACCCGGUGGCAGCAAAGUGCGACACAAGCGUCAGGCCCUGCAAGACAUGGCGCGACCUCUCAAGCAAUGGCUGUACAAGCACCGAGACAACCCUUACCCCACCAAGACGGAGAAGAUCCUGCUGGCUCUGGGUUCACAGAUGACCCUUGUCCAGGUUUCCAAUUGGUUCGCCAAUGCCAGGAGGCGGCUGAAGAACACGGUGAGGCAGCCUGACCUAAGCUGGGCGCUUAGGAUCAAACUCUAUAACAAGUAUGUUCAAGGCAACGCUGAGAGACUGAGCGUCAGCAGCGACGACAGCUGUUCAGAUGAUGGAGACAACCCUCAGAGGACCCAGAGCGGCGCCGUAGAGCUCACUAAGCCUAUGUACCAGAGUGUCAUCAAGAAAGAAGGCUCUGCCAUGAUGGGCAUGGCCAUGGGGAUGGGAACGGGGAUACGCUCGGCCACCGAAGCCGCCUCGCUGGCAGACGACUACGUAUCCCCGCCGAAAUACAAGAGUAGUUUGUUGCAUCGCUAUCUUAACGACUCACUGCGCCACGUCAUGGUGGCCAACGCCGUCAUGGACGCUCGCAAGAGGAACCACUCGGGCUCCUUCAGUUCCAACGAGUACGACGAUGAUCUGCUCUCGCCGACCUCCUCAGAGGCUGAGGCAAACUUUGUUUAUCGGGCUGAAACCACAGAGCAUGGAUCAAGUAAAUAUGACAAUGGUGGCGUCAGAGCUGAACAGAAGGAGAAGGUGAAGGGCAAAGACGAGACGUACUGGAAGGAGAUCAAUGCCGCCAUGGCCUUGACCAAUAUGGCGCAGGGGAAGGACAGUACCUCCGGGACCACCAGCUGCAUCAUCCAAAAGUCUUCCCAUAUAGCAGAAAUCAAGACUGUUAAAGUGCCACUUGUGCAUAAUUAUUAGCUCUGAGCUGAGCCUCCCUACACUAUGCAAACAUUCCUGUUUGAGCAAACAAAUCAUAAGAGGACUAUUUGAAAGGACAAAGAAACAUUUUGGUGGUUGAAAGUGUCUUCAAAAGGACUCAUUAUGUUGUGCGGACAUGCAAAAGUAUUGACAAGUUGUACUGCAGUAUUUACUAUGACAAGACACUUUUUUUUUUUGUAAUAUUAACUUAUUUUUCGAAUGACUUUCCCCACCUAUUUUUUUAUGCUCAAUGUGUAUUUUGCCAAAGUGACUUUUGCUCUUGUCAGUGCAAAGUACAGAUACUAGUAGUGCCUCUUUGAUAUGUGUGAAGGAUUAUUUGACCAAUGUUUAGAGUCACUGUCGUGAUACAGGAAGUGGAAACAUGUGCCUUGAAAGACUGAAUGAGGUCAUCAAUCAUUACACAUGCAGACACACACGCACCAAGCCACAGACAAAUAUAUCAUGUGCUAACACUUUGUUACAAAACAACCUAAAGUAGUUCCUUGAAGGUGUCCUUUGUAUUUUGACUAGAAUCCUCCAUUAGACUGUAAACCGAACCAUAUUUUGUCGGUGCUGGCAGCCCAACAAUGACAGUUAGGUACGCAGAUACGCAGCGCUAACGUGAGCAACCCACCGAUAAGGAACUAAGGGAUGCAUCUCAUCCUUGGAUUGUAUUUCAUUAGUGAUGACGCUCCCUUCUUAUCGGAACAAAACAUACAAAAGCUGGACCCAAAUCAAGGUACACUCCCACGUGCAGUGACACAAAUAUGCACAUGAUGUAAACUCGACCUGACCUAUAAAGGGAUGUUUUUUUUAUACAUUAUCAGUGUUUUACAUAGACGGCAUUGCCUUUUCACAUUUUUCAUGGGGUGAAAAAAUUAAAUACAUGCAAACGCCCACUGCCCUGCUUCAUCCUCAGCUGUUUAGCAUUACAUUCAAAUUGCUGUUUACAAGAAGCUGGAGGACAAGCUUAAACAUUCGACUUUGACCCCGUCUUUAUUUGUUUGUCUUUACAUGCGUGCAUUGCAUUAGUAGCUCAGUUUAAAUAUUUUGUUAUUUCUGAUCUGUACAUGUGCGGUUGUUGAAGUAUGUUUUUGAUCAGGCUCCUGUACUUGGUUGUGCAUAAGCCUUCCACUUUAAGGGCUUCUUCGAUAUUUGAUGGAAAUUUGUUCUUUCAUAGUAAUUUCAAAAAUGUUCACAAAUUCAAGUCUGACAAACUGGAAAAUCUAAAUCUGAUUUUUUGUGGGGUUAUUUUUACAUUCAAGGUACUGUUUGUGUGUGUCAUUAUGAAGGAGUAUUUUGGCCGCAAUGGAAAGAAAGAAAAUAAUAUUAACUAGGCCUUCAAGCAGGACUGAACGGGGCCUUGCAGUUUGGUGCAACUCGGACAGCACGCAGCUCAACAUGGUGUCAGAUCGUCUCCCUCUCAUCAUAUCAUGAGAACCUAACGUGCUUGAAACUCACCUUUUUUUGAGUGUCUGACAAAGAUGUUUUUGUAUAUACUGACAUGAGAAAUACAAUCACAUACCUAGGUGAAAAAAAUCUCUAUUGAAGCGGGUCCUACAAAAAUGGAGUUGCUCAUGAGCUGUGCAGCCACGCCCUUAUUCAAAACUAGGGUUGUUCCGAUCAUGUUUUUUUUCUCCCGAUCCGAUCAUUUUAGUUUGAGUAUCUGCCGAUCCCGAUAUUUCCCGAUCCGAUUGCUUUUUUUUUUUGCUCCCGAUUCAAUUCCAAUCAUUCCCGAUAUUUUUUCCCGAUCAUAUACAUUUUAGCAAUGCACUAAGAAAAAAAUGAAUAAAACUCGGACGAAUAUAUACAUUCAACAUACAGUACGUAAGUACUGUAUUUGUUUAUUAUGACAAUAAAUCCUCAAGAUGGCAUUUACAUUAUCAACAUUAUUUCUGUGAGAGGGAUCCACGGAUAGAAAGACUUGUAAUUCUUAAAGGAUAAAUGUGACUUUGUAUAAUGUGACUAAAUAUUGCCAUCUAGUGUAUUUUUUUUUAGCUUUUAGUAAAUGAUACUGCAGCCAUUUAACUUCUGCCCAAAUGCAUGAUGGGAAGUGCAACCAUGACUGUGCAUAGGGGUACCAAUUCAUAUAUCUUCUCUGCGUUGGGAAAGAACAUAGGAUGUUAAGACAAUGAUCAACUACUACCUUUCUUCCCCACAUUGCCUCCCACGUUAUUUCUAAUUGCUGAGAGAGGUAUUGUAAGGCUUUAGCCACAUAAGAAAUGGCUCCUAAGGCUGUCAAAAUUCUCUCUACUCAUUAUAUGCUGCCUCUUAGAGCUAUUUAUAGGUAAAACAGCAUCUUUAUAGAUCGCACACGACAAUGCGUGAGUGGGUCGUGCAGCCCAUGCGUUAAUUAUUUAACGUGAUUAAUUAAAAAAAAAUAAUUGCCGCCAUUAACGCAUAAAAUUUGAUAGCCCUACUUUAAGCCAAAUCUACUCUGGAUGAGUGUAAGACAUUUUGUCUGUAACGUUAAAUACAAUUAGAAAACGAUUUAAAUAAAUAAUAUACUGUAUAUAUAUUAAAAAAAGGCAUGUCCGAUAUUUUUUUGCCGAUUCCGAUAUUUUGAAAAUGACAUGAAAUGCCGAUCGAUCGGGACAUCUUUAUUCAAAACUAAAAUAAAUCUUCUAAUUGGCCCAAUUUAACCAGGUGUGCCAAAUUUUGUGGCUCUAUAAACUGCCAAAGUGCCUUAAGAAAUCUCCUUCCUUUUAAUGGCAAACAAAGGGUCAUCAUGGCAACAGAGACAUGUGGACAUGGGCCUUAAAAUGUAGCAUUACAAAAGGUAAUUACACUGACCAACUUGAAAGGAACUGGGCAUGUAUAAGUAAAAUGAGUGACCUGUUGGCGCUGUAGGGUUGAUGCACAUGGCCCCUACAGGACCCAUCAGGGUAUAACUCUCAUCAAGCACAGGAAGUUUGGCGCAGAUAUCUUGUAACUCUAACAAAUUAUGACUGUUCAAAAUUUUGGGUGAAACAAAAUGGCGAUUGUUCUUCUUCUCUUUCCUGUUUGGACCUCUCUGCUUCAACAAAACCUCAGUAUUUUUCAUCAGGCACCUGAACAUAUGUCUUAAGGCUCUUCUGAUGCAGGUUUGAGGUCAAUUGAUAUUUUGUCCCUUGGAGUAGGAGACUGUCUAGUAAAAAAAAAAAAAAAAAAAAAAAAGACAUUUCCUUUUCACAGCAGUGGGUGCCAGGCCUAAAGGGUAAUAGUUCAAUGCAGUCGUGUUCAUGCUGGGAUACCUCUCACACAUGCCAAAUAUGAAAAAGACUAAACCUUGGAUCAGAGAGUUAUUAGUCAUUUAAUGAAUUUCGCGCGUUGCCAAAAAGGCCAACUUUGGCACCCCGCCCAGGUCAGGCCCGUAAAUGAAACCUCACCAUUUUGAUUACCUAAGAUCUCAUAUGUCUCAUGAACAGUCUCACCAAUUUUGACGAGGAUCCAACUAACUCCAAAUAUCUCAAAUGUGCACCGUGUAAAUCUACUAAAAUUUCUCAUUCAAUCCAAAAUACUCAAUUUCCUGUUUGGUUUGGGAUGUGGGUCCUAGAGAAUUUUUGUUGCAGUUUUGCACAAGGUAUCGACUCACCAAUUUUCAUCGCUCUACAUUGAAAAAAAACCUAAUGGGAGAGGCCGUUUUGAAAAAUUCAAGGGGCGCCAUUCGUUUUUUUUUUUUGGGAGGUUGCAAAAUUAUCAAAAUUUACGCCAUGCCGCAUGAAUGUCAAAAUUUUGGUGAGUUUUCAAGCAUGUUAAGGCCUCCAAACUGUCCAUUUUCAUUUGCCCUGAAAAACAUAAUAACAUAGACAUUUGCAUUGAAAUAGGGCUAUCGCGCCACUAGGUGCUCGGGCCCUAUAAAUAAUAUAUACAUAGAAACAUUUUAUGAGAGCUUUUUAUAUAAAUCAGUACAUUUCAGAAAAAAAAUUGAGACCAGAUGCAUAGUAAUCAGAUCUAGAACAUUUGCAAUUUUACAUUAAAAUGCUCUUACUCAUAAUGGUGUUCAUUUUAUCCACUCCUCUCAUUUAUUGAUUUUUCAUACAUGGUUGAGUUUGGGUAAGAGGCAGGGUACGCACUUGACUGGCUGCUAGUCAUUCACAGGAGUUGAAUUCGUUGGUCAUGAAACUUAAAAAGAUCCUCAGCUGUUGUUUUUUCGCACUCUCAUUUCAGUGUGGCCUUAAUACUCCACCCAUCAUGUCAAAAUGUACAUUCCAAUGUAUAUUGUGCUUUUUUGUUUGUUUGUUUGUUUUUAUUUUUGACAACCCAGACUGUGAUUAUGGUCAAGGAUUUGGGAGAGGGAGUGAUGCUGCACAAAAUGACUUUCUAUAUGUACAGAUUGUGCAAGCUGUCAAAAAGAUGCACUUAUGGACAUGCGGUAAAAUGAAUCCUUCAUUUGGAAUAAGCUUUUUUUACAUGAAGUCAAAAAAAUGAACCCUAUAUUUUUCAUCUUAUGGAUGCUACAAUGAAAUGAAUCACACUAGCUAACCCCAAGGCACUAUUUACACAGUGGGGGCUACAUGUGUUUUUUUUUAUACACCUGACCCAGACAGGGUAGCUGCAGGAUAGCAGUUUGGGCUGCUUCUUGUAUUUCUAAUCUUAACCCUCGCACCUCACACGAUACCCACUCUCGGGGUGGAGAUUGUACAAGGGAGGAGGCCUCAUUUUCAGUGUUUUUUUUUUUUUUGUUCAUUUCUACACGCAGACCAUCCUCAAAGGUGACACAAGCAGAAGGGUUUCUAUUGCCAAAAUGUUGGUGCUGUAAAUGCCUUUCUCAGGCCGAAUCUAAUGACAAAUGAAAGGCAACAACAGUAUGUAAAGCCUAUAAAUUAUUACUGACUUUGUAAAAAUUAAGAAAUUUGUUACCUUUUUCCUUUUUUUUUUUUUUUUUUUCUUUUUUACUGUUAAGUUAUAUGAAUUUAUUUCUCUUUUUGUCUAUUUUAUAGAGACUGGAUUUUCUAUCCAAUGACCAAAUGCAUAUCUCAUUGUACUGUUUAAUUUCAUGUAGAAUUUCUUUAAUGAACUGUUUUUAUUUGGUCAAAGCAUUGA